CCGCCGGCCGGGGGACGAGCUCGGGGCAGCAGCCAGGAGUUUCCUAGCCACAUAACCUUCAGAACUGAACCAAAACAACAUAGUUCCUGGAGCACCCCUUUUUAAGGUAGAACUUUAGACUUCAUAGCACUGAAAGCUGUUUACCUGCAGUUGUUCACUUUUGUUGAAAGUGACCAUGUCUCAAGUUCAAGUGCAAGUUCAGAACCCAUCUGCAGCUCUCUCAGGGAGCCAAAUACUGAACAAGAACCAGUCUCUUCUCUCACAGCCUUUGAUGAGUAUUCCUCCUCCUACUAGCUCUCUGCCCUCUGAAAAUGCAGGUAGACCUAUUCAAAACUCUGCUUUACCCUCUGCAUCUAUUACAUCCACCAGUGCAGCUGCAGGAAGUGUGACCCCUACUGUAGAGCUAAAUGCACUGUGCGUGAAACUUGGAAAAAAACCAAUGUAUAAGCCUGUCGACCCUUACUCUCGGAUGCAGUCCACCUAUAAUUACAACAUGAGAGGAGGUGCUUAUUCCCCAAGGUACUUUUACCCAUUUCCAGUACCACCUUUACUUUAUCAAGUUGAACUUUCUGUGGGAGGACAGCAAUUUAAUGGGAAAGGAAAGACGAGACAGGCUGCGAAACACGAUGCUGCUGCGAAAGCUUUGAGGAUCCUGCAGAAUGAGCCCCCACCUGACAGGCUGGAGGUGAAUGGAAGAGAAUCGGAAGAAGAAAAUCUCAAUAAAUCUGAAAUAAGUCAAGUGUUUGAAAUUGCACUUAAACGGAACUUGCCUGUGAAUUUUGAGUCUUUCCCUCUAAAACAGGUUGCCCGGGAGAGUGGCCCACCCCACAUGAAGAACUUUGUGACCAAGGUGUCAGUUGGGGAGUUUGUGGGGGAAGGUGAAGGGAAGAGCAAGAAGAUUUCAAAGAAAAACGCUGCUAUAGCUGUUCUAGAGGAGCUGAAGAAGUUGCCACCCCUGCCUACAAUCGAGCGAGUGAAGCCCAGAAUAAAAAAGAAAACAAAAUCCAUAGUCAGGAGCAGCCCAGAAUAUGGCCAGGCGAUGAACCCAAUCAGCAGAUUGGCCCAGAUCCAGCAGGCAAAGAAGGAGAAGGAGCCAGAAUACAUGCUUCUCACAGAGCGAGGCCUCCCACGCCGCAGGGAGUUUGUGAUGCAGGUGAAGGUGGGAAAUCAUACCACAGAAGGAGCGGGCACCAAUAAGAAGGUGGCCAAACGCAAUGCAGCCGAGAACAUGCUGGAGAUCCUAGGUUUCAAAGUCCCGCAGGCUCAGCCCACAAAACCAGCCCUCAAAUCAGAGGAGAAGACACCAGUAAAGAAACCAGGGGAUGGAAGAAAAGUUACCUUUUUUGAACCUGGCUCUGGGGAUGAAAAUGGGACUGGCAAUAAAGAGGAUGAGUUUAGGAUGCCUUACCUUAGUCAUCAGCAGCUGCCCGCUGGAAUUCUUCCUAUGGUGCCCGAGGUCGCUCAGGCUGUAGGAGUCAGUCAAGGACAUCAUGCCAAAGACUUCACCAGGGCAGCUCCAAACCCUGCCAAGGCCACGGUAACUGCCAUGAUAGCCCGUGAAUUGUUGUAUGGGGGCACCUCGCCCACAGCUGAGACCAUUUUAAAGAAUAACAUCUCUUCAGGCCACGUACCCCACGGACCUCUAACGAGACCCUCUGAGCAGCUGGACUAUCUUUCUAGAGUCCAGGGAUUCCAGGUUGAAUACAAAGACUUUCCCAAAAACAACAAGAACGAAUUUGUAUCUCUUAUCAAUUGCUCCUCUCAGCCACCUCUGAUCAGCCACGGUAUUGGAAAGGAUGUGGAGUCCUGCCAUGAUAUGGCUGCACUGAACAUCUUGAAGUUGCUGUCCGAGUUGGACCAACAGAGUACAGAGAUGCCAAGAACAGGAAAUGGACUGUGAGUGAGCUGACUUCAUGAACAGGCGCUUGUUUUCUUCACUGACAUUCAGCUCAAACUGCUCAACUCCUAGCGGAACCCUUGCCUCAGUCACUUUCUGUCUCUUUCCUCUGAAAGGUUUCCAAGUUUUGGGGCAGAGCUCUAUUUUGUUUUUUUUUUUAAUUUUAAAUAGGUCAUACAUUCACAUGGUUAAAAAAAUCAAAAUGUUUAAGAUACAUGGUGAUAAAUCCUGCCCCCAUGCAGUUCCCAUCCAUUUCAUUUUCCCACCGCGAAAGCACAUUUUUAUUAGUUUCUUAUGUAUCUUUCCUCUAGGAUUCUUUAUGCAAAUAUAAUCAUCUAGUUACUUUCCUGCAUCUCCCCUCCCUCCCUCCAGGGUGACAUACUAUGCACACAUUACCCUCCUGACUUUUUUCACUUGAUGGUAUUUCCUGGGAGAACUUCAUAUUAAUCCAGUUACCAUAAGCAGGAACUUGACCUCUGUUGUUAGGGGCCUGCUAUUGGACUUCACUAUCUGCUAAUCUCUUUUCAUUUUUAACAUGGGCUUAAUUCUUUUAAAUGUCAAAACUGGUGUCAUUUUCCUUUUUUUCUCUCCUUAAAGGUAUGGGAGGUGCUGAACCUUUUCUGGCCACGAAUUAUUAUAAAAUCCCAACAUAUACUGAAAAUACUGAAACUGCUUUGAAAGUUUGGAAUUUCUGAUACUUGCAGUGGGCCGAGAGGCAUGAUGGGUAAAGAGCUGGAGGCGGCAGUGGUGAUGAAGGCGGGAACAGAGGCGGCCGUGGCUGUGCACACACGUGCUGUGGUUUGUCCUCACGCAGCUGCAGCUGCUGCCAAGUGGCCCUGGCUCAACUAGGACCCCAGCAGGCCCACGCCCUGGGCACCUCAGUGCUCGGUUGUGGUUUCUUGUUUUACUCUUUGGCUGUGUGAAAGAAGAAACAGAAAACAAAGCACGACCCCUUCUCAAACUGGCUCACUCAGACGCUUUGGGACAAACCCUGGAGACAGGCCUUAGACCGGCCCUAGAGGUGAAAGCACCAGAGAAAAUCCGAUGCUUCCUGCUCAGCACAAACUAGCCUUCCCAGUGUGCUACGGCCCACCGCCUCCCGGGGCGCCCGCACCCACCACUGCUCUCUCUUCUCAAAGAGAUACGUAUUCUUAGUUUUAUUAUUAUUUUUGAUUGAAAUGACACUAUAUAAAUUUUCAUUUGAGACUCAGUUGUAUCUAGUUACAUAGCACAGUUUAGAAACUUGUCUGAGACUGACUUUAUCAGUAGUCUAACCGGCAAAGAUCAUAUCCAUGUGUGUGUGCUUACACAUUUUUGUUGUAUUGGGCUAACCCAGGACCAUUGCAGUGAUGCGGAUGGUGUGAACAGUCCUGGCCUUCUCAGAAACCUUGAUGAAGCUUCCCACAGUUGUGUAAAUUGGACAAUAUAGAAAUUUUAAACUUUAAAUGCUCAUUUGGUUUUUUUUAUUUUUGUUAAUGCAAUAGGACUUAAACAAAUGAACUCUGAUCUUUGUUUUAAAGAUUAAGAAAAAUUGUGUGUAUAUACAUAUGUCUGAGGGCACAUAGCUCUCACUACACUACAGGAUAUGAUCUCCAAGUAGUACAUAUCAAACUGCAGAUUGACUUUCCUUGAGUGCUUUAUACUGUUGAUUACAUCUCCAUGUAGGGCUGAAAAUGACCUGUUUCUCAAACUGUGUUGCUUUUGGUGUUGUUACUGUGCACAGAAACAUAUGCAGUGAGGUCCUGCAUAUGGUCCCGACGGGUGCGCGGUAGCCUUGCGAGUUAAGUAUUGCUUUCAUUGUUUACGCUGGAAUUUUUUCUCCCCAUGGAAUGUAAGUAAAACUUAGUAUUUGUCACCAAUAAAUGGUAAUACUAAAUUUCUUUUGUUAAUUUAUUCUCAAAUGCCACUACUGCUAGGUUGGUCCCCUCCCAACCUGUCUCCUACCUUUUUUUAUUU